ACCUAUCCACCACUAUCCUGCUGUGGAAGUUGUGUGUGGUUCAUCGGUUUCCACGACCGCUCAAUUGAACUCGAAUGAUUUUUCUUUUAUCUGAUCAGAUAAAACUCCCUCCCUCGUUCUCUCACUCUUCCAACAUCUUUUGCACUGUCCCCAUCAUCAAUCAGCAAUCCUAUCUAAAAUCCUCCCUCCCCCCAUCUUCCCGCUUGAAAAGCUACUCCUCUUUUAUCAUAUUGACUUCCGCCUGAGCUGAGGUUUAAACCUUUGCCCCCUGUUUGAUCAACAACCCCUGGCACCUUCUCCUUGAUUGAUCUUGGAGCUGUCCUGUCCUGCAAUGGCGACCCUUUCGAGAUUCGUCCUCAAGGACUGCAACUCCCAGACAUGGGAUGCUGGGCACGGGGCGGGUUCUUGUUCUCUUCUCGCCACCCGGAGGCCAGUGCGCCACCUUGAUCUCAGGAGGGGAUACUGUGUGUCUGCGAACUUAAGGAGAUUGACCAUUCAGGACAGGCCGAGGAGUCCACUUGUUCUUGCAAGGCCGCUUCCUACUAAUCCGGGCUCAAGAAACUCACUGACGUUAUGCAAGGCUACUACCGAUGCCUCGGGAGCCAGCACGCCAAGUGGGAUGAGCCAAUAUGAGAGGAUAGUUGAGACCUUGACCACGCUCUUCCCUGUCUGGGUUAUCUUGGGCACCGUUAUCGGGAUCUACAAGCCUGCUGCGGUCACUUGGUUGGAGACAGAUCUCUUCACAGUCGGUCUUGGGUUUCUCAUGCUUUCAAUGGGGUUGACUUUGACUUUUGAGGACUUCAGACGAUGUCUGAGGAACCCAUGGACUGUGGGUAUAGGAUUUCUAGCCCAGUAUAUGAUCAAACCCUUGUUAGGUUAUGUCAUAGCAAGGACUCUGAAAUUGUCUGCGCCUCUUGCUACGGGUCUUAUACUGGUGUCGUGCUGCCCUGGAGGUCAAGCAUCGAAUGUUGCUACCUACAUAUCUAAGGGGAACGUGGCUCUCUCGGUUCUUAUGACCACGUGUUCAACAAUUGGAGCCAUCAUCAUGACUCCUCUCCUUACAAAGCUUCUUGCCGGUCAGCUUGUUCCUGUGGAUGCUGCGGGGCUUGCAAUCAGUACGUUUCAGGUUGUUCUGGUUCCGACAGUUCUUGGAGUUUUGUCAAAUGAAUUCUUUCCGAAGUUCACCUCAAAGAUAGUGACAAUCACACCUCUCAUUGGAGUCAUCUUAACCACUUUGCUUUGUGCAAGCCCGAUUGGUCAAGUUUCGGAAGUCUUGAAGACUCAAGGAACACGACUUCUUUUUCCGGUGGCUCUCCUACAUGCUGCAGCAUUUGCCCUUGGUUAUUGGAUGUCGAAAUUAUCCUUCGGGGAGUCGACUUCUCGCACCAUAUCGAUUGAAUGUGGAAUGCAGAGCUCUGCGCUUGGGUUCCUUCUGGCUCAAAAACACUUCACCAACCCUCUCGUGGCAGUCCCUUCUGCAGUCAGUGUCGUGUGCAUGGCGCUAGGAGGGAGUGCACUUGCUGUCUUCUGGAGGAACAGGCCUCUUCCCAUGGAUGAUAAAGACGACUUCAAGGAAUGAGAACUUCAUGGGCCUACUAAGUCGGAAAGGCCAUUGUUUUGCCAGCGUGUAUUGUUAGUCUCAGGUCUCUAAAUAAACUUUUUUGUUCUCGAGUCCUGAAGCUGUAUUUGAUGUUAGAAGGAAGUAGGCGCAUUGUAUCGUUGGACAAAAAUUUAUUAGGACUAGGAGGGCAAAGUUUUUGUUAAGAAUCCCUGAGGGGAUGUAGUACUGCUACAAUAAAGCCUCGCAAUUUCGUGCUCAGCUUAUGCUCGAACUUAGUUUCCCAAGUUACAUAUAGAAGUGGUUUGCUUUUGUAUCAAGGUCCUUCCAAGACUCAAUCUAUAGCCCAGUUCGGCUC